AUGCUGGGCGCAGCCGGGCGGACCCCGCGGGCCUCGCCGCCGCCGCUGCCGCCCGGCGCCCUCCGCGGCCUCUGCGCCUGGCUGGACGGGCUCCCGCUCAGCCGUCCCAAGCGCCACCUGGCCCGGGACUUCAGCGACGGCGUGAUGCUGGCAGAGAUUGUGAAGCACUUCCGCCCCCAGCUUGUGGACCUGCAUAACUAUGUCCCCACCUGCAACACUGACCAGAAACUCAGCAACUGGAGCAUCCUCAACAGGAAAGUCUUUCACAAGCUGCGUUUGUGGGUCUCAGAGACGGAUAUCCGAAAGGUGGUGGCCAACACGCCGGGAGCCAUCGAGCCCAUCUUGUGUGCAGUGAGAGAAAAAGUGAUGGAUGGUGCUGCCCACCAGUACCUGCUUGACCCAGCCGGCCCAGGACCCUCUGGCGGGAUUGCUGACAGACCACGGGCAGAGCUCACCGCCUCUCCGCACACUGGCUUGCCGGGCCCCACGGCGCCCUCCAGUGCGAAGACCCCACAGAGUCCGAGGACUCCAGAGAAAACAGGCCGCUGUGUGUGCACGGGUUGGGACCCAGCUGGUGGACCCUGGGGGCACCUGGACUCCAGAGUGCAGCAACUACUGGAGGAGAAGGAGCAGGCACUGGCCCUCCUGCAGGAGAUGGUCAAGAUUUUGCAGAUGAAGGUGGUCAGGCUGGAGCACCUGGUAAAGCUGAAGGACCAGCGGAUUGGAGAGCUGACGAGAGCUGGGGACGAGCCCCAGUGACCAAGAGUGGCAGCGGAGAAAGGCUCCUCCGAGAGGCUCGAGGGGCCACCCCUCCCAAGUCCACUAGACCUUGAACUUGAGCCCACACAGAACUCCCCCAGACCAGGGGUCCUUCUGCUUGUGGCUGUGCGCUGUCCAGCAGGCGCAGGGCGGGGACACCCAUGUACAGAGUGCUUCAGGGGGCCUCGGCGUGUGGACGUCCACGCAGUGGAUGCCGGGGGUUCCAGCCCACCCCAGAGACCUGUUUGGAUAUGAAGACCUGGUCUCGUUCCCUUGA